AUGGUCAAGCUAGAGGAUAUGAGUAGUGGGCAGCUGUCCGAAGAGUCACCGGAUCGUAAGUACGUUUCGAAACGAAACCGGAUUUCAUUCGUGUGCCAAGCAUGCAGGAAGAGUAAGACCAAAUGUGAUCGAGAGAAACCCCGGUGCAGCCGGUGCGCGAAGAACAAUGUCAAGUGCGUGUAUGACAUCGAGAAACAGCGAGCGCCGCGCGUGCCCAGCAAGGAUGCGACGAUCAAGCGGUUGACACAAGAGCUGGAAUAUUGGAAGAAUAAGGCGGCGAGAUACAUGGAGCUGGAGGAGAGCGGUGAACUGUCUCCGCGCAAGCGGCCGAAGAGCAUGGCGAGCGAUCCGAGCGCAACGGAGCUGGGUCUGAGUGAGGAGUACUCGUCGCCAUCUGUCGGAGCCGAUGCGCUCCGUGCAGAUGAGAUCCGCAUAAACUUCUACGAACUGUCGCCGCAGCUGCUGAUCAAGGACUCAAUGAAGCGGGACGUGAAGGCGUCAUGCGAGCUAUCACAGAUCCGGCAGGACAAGUUUUUGUCGAUCUUUUUAUCGUCUGUGUUUGCCAGUGCGUCGAAAAACGCGCUGAUUCACUCCAUCCCGUCAGACGAUGCGUCGCCCUACUCGGAUCGGGCGAAGAGGAAGCAGAAUGCGCUCUCGCUGCGCGAUUGCAUGUUCCAGUUUGCGACGAACAGCAAGGAUCGCGAGCAAAUUGUGCAGUUCACUGAGCGCAUCGUGCAGGGCGGGGUGGUCGAGGAAAAUCGCACGGGUCUUUACAUUCGAAUGUUUACGAGCACAUUAUGCAAAAACUAUGUGGAGGACCGCUGUCCGCGUGAGGGAUCAUACUCUGGCACGUUGCAAGAGCUUAUUAUUGAAGUUGAGGCUUUCCUGCCACCGCUGGAGAUCAUCCAUACCUAUAUGCUGCAUUUCUACAAGUAUGUUUACCCUAUCAUUCCCUUUCUCGAGAUGGGUAUCUUCGAAUCCGCCUUAGCCAAUCUAUUAGUCGAAGACCCCCUACACGACGGAAGAACAAAACUGAAUAUUGGUCGCGAGAACAUACGCAACAAGGUCGAGAACAUAGCAAUACUACUUAUGGUGCUUAAGCUCUCAUAUGUUUCCAUGAGUUUUCCAAACACAUCACCCGGGUUGGAAGAUGCAAACAUUACCGAAACGGAACUGGAAUGCUUGAAUUCCUAUCCAAUAUCUGACAAAGCCGUGGCUUUAUCGCAGAAGGCUAUAGCAACCGUCAACCUUUUCAACUGGACCAAUGAGAACUGCAUUGCAUGUCUUUUGUACUUUUGGGCUUUUUUUGUAUUUGCACCGCAAGACGGCGAUUUUUGUUUAGGUCAGCCUACAGAGGUUAUUUUGAGUUUGGUCAAUGCUAUGGCAAGUAAUAUUGGUUUACACCGCGAUCCUUCCAAAUAUGAGCAGCUGAAUGACCCGUCUGUGACCGAUCCCCGUAUAAGGAACUAUCGGAGGAAGCUGUGGAUAUGUAUCUUCAUUGUCUGCAGAUAUGAAGCAGCGCUAAAGGGUAAAUAUCCCCAGUCUAUGAAGGACUACACGAAUUCCUUUUUGAGUGCAGAAUCUCCGAAAAACUACAUGCAGCUAGUGUUGGGGGAUAUGCAAGAUCCUGACCCAUAUACGGAAAUGAUACAUUCACUGACGUACAAAAGGUAUCAACUACUCAUGAUGAUAUCUGAACUUGAUGAGAUUUCAAUCCGUACGCACGUGAGCCUCCCGCUUUCGCGCAUCGAGACCCUACUUGACAAUAUCCAGAAUUUACUUGACACUGAACUGCAUGCGGACUUAAUAAACAUUGAUCAGGAGUCCGAAUUCUUGGACUUGAACCUAUGGAGUGGUCGGAAAGAUAUGGUGGAUGCUGUCAAGAUUAAGAAGUUGAUAUUUUUUCAGGCGUAUAUGACAACACGUCUGACGACGAUAAGAACGGUCAUAAACUUGAUGUUAUAUUUCGAGCGACUAACUUAUGAAUCCAACAAGGAGUAUAUGCAAUACUUCCAGAAAUAUUUCAUAAGAAUGGUCAAGGAGACUGUCUCUUUUGUUGAUACUGUUUUGUCUCAGCUGGAAUAUCGUGCUAACGAUUCUUAUCUGUACUUUAUGAAGUAUACUGUCGACAAGGUUAUCCAAAUCAGUGUUCCAACUGUCCUUCUGUCUAUUUUGUCGAUUAUACUUCGUAUGGUUCACUCUGAGUAUCUCCUGCAGAAAAUGUUACAAAGUGGCGAAAUGAUAGGAAUCGAGGAUGUUCAUACCACGAAGCAAAAAUUGGAGUUGAUCUCCAGUAUAAAAGAUAAUACAAUUGAGAUACUUGAGAAUUUGUGUACUGCGGUGACCCGAAAGCUAGGCUUCAAGUACUUCUCAGUCUUCCAGAUGCAGGUCUUCUUCGACUAUUGUAGUCAGAUUAUGAAGAAAGGAGAAGUUUUGAAUAUAUUUUCCAGAAUUACACAGCUGACGUAUCACCCCAGGAUUAGGAAGGGCAUUUACCAAGGAUUUGGAGUUGACGUUGACAGAAAAGACACCAUUUUGAACUUUCUAAAUGAUGCCACGUUCAUCAAACAAACCAAUGUUGAACAACUCCGGAAAAUAAAGGAACUAUCAAGUACUCUUGCUCAGGCUUCAAGCAAUACUCCCCAGCAAAAUGCUAAUGUAGUGAAUUCAAAAUACCAAGUAGAUUCCUCACCGAUAUCCGCCGAUCAUCCUACAAUGACAGAGUGCGAAAAUCUUCCGUUCCCAGUUGUAUAUGACAGUCAAUCGAUUUUAAAUGUUCCAACGAACAACCAUGAGACUACUCAGCCAUUUGGUAGUGACUUUCCCACAUUCGCAAGCAACCAAUUGGAUCCUCUGGUCUCAUUUGAUGAUCUAGAUCUGCUCGAUUACGAAUUUUUAUUUGGAAAUGGCAACUAG